AUGAAGCCUUUCAGUUUCCUCGCAGCAUCAGCGCUCUUCGCUGCCGCAUAUGCGGUCCCUCAUGGCGGAAGCAUCAAGCAGCUCCCAAGAAGAGCAACCCUACCCAAGAGCUUCGAAUGGAGCUCGACGGGCCCUCUAAUUGGCCCCAAGAGCGACGGUCACGACGUCCAGGGGAUCAAGGACCCCUCCAUUGUCAAAGUUGACGGAACCUAUCACGUCUUUGCCAGCACCGCCAAAGCCGACGGUUACAACCUCGUCUAUCUGAGCUUCUCCGACUUCAACAAAGCCGGCUCCGCAACCUUCCACUAUCUCGACGAGACUCCCAUCGGAGCAGGCUACCGCGCGGCGCCGCAGGUCUUCUACUUCGAGCCGCAGAAGCUCUGGUAUCUCGUCUACCAGAACGGCAACGCGGCCUAUUCCACGAACCCAGACAUCAGCGACCCGUCCGGCUGGAGCGCGCCCAAGAACUUCUUCGAUGCCACGCCGUCAAUUAUCACGGAAAACAUUGGCAAGGGAUCCUGGGUGGACAUGUGGACGAUCUGCGACGCCUCCGACUGCUACCUCUUCUCGUCCGACGACAACGGCCAUCUGUACCGCUCGCAGACCUCCGUCGCCAACUUCCCCGAAGGCAUGGAUAACACGGCCAUUGCGCUGGAGGAUGCAAACCCCAACAACUUGUUUGAAGCGUCCAAUGUGUACAGCACCGGCGAUGGUCAGUACCUUCUCAUCGUUGAGGCGAUCGGCAGCACCGGUCAGAGAUACUUCCGUUCCUGGUCAGCGAGCAGUCUCGCGGGCGAAUGGUCUCCGCUGGCGGAUUCGGAGGAGAAUGCGUUUGCUUCGGCGCAGAAUGUUCAUUUCAAUGGCACGGCUUGGACAAAGAGCAUUAGCCAUGGAGAGAUGGUGCGGUCCCAGGUUGAUCAGACUAUGACUAUCAGCCCUUGCAAGAUGCAGUACCUCUACCAGGGCGUGGAUCCUACCGCGACUGGCGAUUACAACUCCAUGCCGUGGAAGCUUGGCCUGCUUAACCAGGCUAAUUCUGCAUGCUAA